UGAGCCGAUUUGAUAAUAAUAAGCUUAAUACGAAGCUUCAGCGCUUGUUGAUUGCGGCUCGGAAGCGGAUUAAUAUAAAAACAAAUAAAGAAAGUUGAAUUGUUGUUACAUAUCUUUACGAACGUUAAUCAAAACAGAGAGGAGAAAAAAAGAGAUUUAAAAAAAAAAAUGGCCCAUAUCCGCCUGAUGCUGAUCUGUGCGCUCUUGGCACUUUUUUGGAAAGUGGCGCGUGCCCAAAUCGCCUUCGUCGAGGAUCAAGACAUUGAUAAGAAGAAGGCCAACCUUGCGGGUCGCAAGCCACUCUACUCCCCGGCGCGGUGCCCCAAGUUCCAGUUGCUCUACCCGGGCGAUCAGCAGCAGCAGAAUGACUGGGUCUGCGACUGUGCCCCAGCCACUCUGUACUAUCCGGAAACGGAUGCCUGCUAUCCGGCCUACAGACAGGGUCCAUGUGAGGCCGGACAGAUGCUGGUGCUCUACAAGGAGCGGGUCAUACCCGAGUGCGUGAAGAAUCCUUGCUCGAAGAACAACUACUUUAUGAUUCGCGACACCUGCUACGAGUUUGGAAACGUCAAGGAGAAUCCCUGUCCCUACAAAGAGGCCACCUAUGUGCUGGGUGUAAAUCCCACCAACUUGAUGGUGGAUUGUGUGAAGCUAUCGGUGCAUUUGGUAACUCGUAUCGCAGAUGAUGCCGAGGAGGCUCCUCCAGAUUACCAUCUCGAGUUGGCUGAGAAAUGCUCUCGCGGCAGUCGUUUGCUGGCCCAGGGAAAGUGUGCUUAGAACAAGAUGGAAGAAAAACUUAAAAUAGAUAAUUUUUUAUGUUGUUCCGUACAUGCCAGUGAAAACAUUUCGAAUUUUUUUUAGUCUUUAAAUAUAGGUGCUUAAUGUUUUAUAAAUCACAAAAAUACUCACGGUUCUAUUCAAAUUCAAUUUGGUGGAAUAGCAAUACAGUCCCCUUUUACUUAAUAUGUUAAGAUUGAUAAA